AUGCGUGUGUUAGACGCAUGCGAGUCCUUGAUAAAUGGACUUUCCUUUCUAGCUGUCUCCGCCUUCCGGCAUACUUCGCGCAACCACAAGCUCCUCCGUCGUCGCCUUCUCCAACUUUUAUUGCUCACGUUCGUUCUCUGGAGCUCAGCAGAUAUUUUCCUUGUUCAUCGAAACUUUCACAAGGAGCAAAUUCACCUGGAUUAUAGACCGCCAGAGCGACAGCGAAUAUUCAUUGCGAGUGCUCUCUGGGAUAAUGAGCGGACCAUUUCAAGUCAAUGGAACGACGCAGUCAUCGAGCUAGCCAAUGUUUUCGGAGCGGACAACAUAUUUGUCAGUGUAUAUGCAAGCGGAAGCAAUGAUGGCACGGGAUAUGCUUUGCGUAAGCUCGAUAAAGCGUUGGAUGAAGUAGGGGUGCAACGAACAAUCACCAUCGCCGAACCCUCUCCAGACAAUGAAGCAUUGAAGAACCCGCCUGCAGACCGGAGGCACAUUGCUACUCGUGCUCGACUACGUAACCUGUCUCUGAAACCUCUAUAUGAUCUUCGAGAUGCUGGCACGUUCUUUGACCGAAUCUUGUUUCUGAGUGAUGUCGACUUCACGAAAGAAGACGUACUCUCUCUCUUAAAUACCAAUUAUGGUACAUAUACAGCCGCUUGUUCGUUCGAUAUACUGAACCUACCGACCGGCCCUGACGCACUGGCCCUACGAGACGCCGACGGGCAUGAAACCGUCAUGCAGAAGUGGCCCGUUUUCCGCUCUGCCAGGUCGAGGGAAGCUAUAAAGUUUAUGCUGCCAGUUCCUGUUAGGAGUUGUUGGGGAGAUAUGGUCUUCAUGGGUACAGAAGAAAUCUAUUCUACUCGGGUGUAUCAGUUUCGAGGGGUACCUGAUGGCCUCGCAGAUAAACAUGUUGUGGCUUCCGAAUCCUGUCUGAUACACGCAGACAGCUAUAUCUCUAAGCGAAGGGGCGUUUACCUAAACCCUUUUGUCCGGGUGGGGUUAAAUACUCCUGCAUACACGGCAAUUCAUCAGGAAAGUCAUUGGCUGUCUACUUGGGAGAUUUUCGAAUCAUUAUGGGAAAACCGUCUUCGUCGCUGGUUCAGCUCACCGUUUCUGAAAGGAUGGUCCCUUCGGAGAAAAUUCGCUAAAUGGAAGGCUGAAAAUGAGAAUAACAAAGAACGCGGUGACUUUUGUCUCACUCAUGAGGUGCAAGCGACGGAAACGUGA